AUGGCUCGCGGCCUCCACCAUCUCCUGCUCCUCGCAGCGCUCCUCCAGCAGCUUUCCGCCACCUCCGCCGGCGACGUCGCGACUGGCAGCGGCGGCGAGAAGGUGCACGUGGCGAUCUACUACGAGUCGCUGUGCCCCUACUCGGCCCGCUUCGUGACGAACCACCUCUUGAAGGCCUACAGGGACGGCCUACUCGACGCCGCCGACCUCACCCUCGUCCCCUAUGGCAACGCCAAGGUCGACGCGCACGGCGCCAUCACAUGUCAGCAUGGCCCCGAUGAAUGCCUUCUCAACACCGUUCAGGCUUGCGCCAUCGACGCCUGGCCGGACGUGAAAGUGCAUCUCGGCUUCAUUUACUGCGUGUCGGACCUGGUGAUGAAGAACAGGCACCGGGAGUGGGAGUCGUGCUUCCAGAAACAGGGGCUUGACCCCAAGCCAGUCACGGAGUGCUACAAGGGCGAGCGUGGCCACAAUCUUUCGCUCGAGUACGGGAGACAGACAGCUGAGCUCGUGCCUCCUCAUCAGUUCGUUCCAUGGGUUGUGGUCGACGGCAAGCCGCUCUACAACUCCUUGAAACAAUCAAUCAUGUCUUGGUAUCAGGAUUACGGGAAAUUCGAAGCUUACAUCUGCAAGGCGUACAAGGGCUAUCCCCUCCUGGAGGCGUGUCGAAGCCCGGGCAUGGAGGCAGAGAACGAUGUGUACGGCCGACUUUGA